GCUUCAACGCUUCAAAGCUCUAAGCUCUUAACAUUUAUUGCGACGGAAUCUCGAAUAACCUAAACCAACCCGCCAUUUUCGAUCGCAACGUGCCAAUCUCGAAGAUGUCGGGCAAGUACGCUUUCACCAAGGCCCUGAAGGAGGUUCGCUUCGCAUUCUGCCAUACCGGAGAGGGUAGUGCUGCGACAAGAACAUUCCUGAUGCGAUCAUACCCUACUAUGAAGAAGAACAACCCCUAUACACCUAUCCUCAUGCGGGAAGCUUUUGGCACAUUACCCAAGGUCUAUGCGAGAUAUGAGUUCGGAAAGGAAACGGCAAAAUCAUUAGAAGGACUCACAGACAAGGAAAUAGAGGAAGCCGUCACGCAAUUGGUGAAGGGUGAUGAAGCCACAUGAAUACCCAUAGCCGGAGUUAGGGGAAGCUAGCAGUAGACAAUGCUGCCAUGCUAUGUUAUUAUAAUGAGAACCGACUUUGUGAAUAUUAAGCACUAGACAUGAACAUGCCGCCCCUUGUCCCCUUACUUUAUCAUACUAC